UUUAUUGGCGUUUCAGGCAUGAGUUACAGAAAAGAAAAUUCCGAAACUGUUGUGGUAAAAAGCACAGAUUUCCUGGACAACAAGGAAACGCUGUCGGAAUCGCCGUCUAAAAUGCAGAUAUUCGUGAAAAUUCCGAUACGGAGGAAAACCCUAAGGCAAGAAAUAGACCCGACGGAUACUAUCGAAAUUAUAAAAAGCAACGUCGAAAAACUAGAAGGGAUUCCAUUGGACAACCAACGAGUAGUUUACGACGGUGUGAAUCUACAAAACGAAAAAUCGCUGUUGUUUUACAAUAUCACCGACAAAUCGACGCUAUAUUUAUUGCUCGGUUAA